AUGCCGCUUUGCUUGGCAACUGCCGCGAGGUUCUUCGGCGGUCUGAGCGGUUUGCGAGCAGUGCCAUCUAAAUCGCAGGCGCUGGCACGGUGAGGGCGCAACACCCAGGUUCCAACUGCCGCUUGCACAGCACUUGCCGGCGCUCCCCUUUCCCAGCACGCUCCCAGCAUUGCUCUCGCCCACUUCAACCCGUGUGGUGCAUCACCGAACCGUUUGCGCAUCUUAUCAACUUGAAAUUGCACCGGAUAAAUGUCGAUUUAUCUGAGCGCAUGGGGCAACGCUUCUACGGUAGCUUUCUUGCGCAAACUGAAGGCUAUUCUUUAGUAAAACAGCGUGCUCAUUUCAAUUUGAAGCCGCAAGAAGCUCCAACCAUGACUUCUUCCUGUGCUGUUCUCCGUGGCCUGCGUUCCGCGAAUCUGUCGCUACGCCCUGGCGAGGGCCAGACCGUUAAUGUUAAGCUUCUCGGCCGCAUCGUGGAGGCUGUGGACUAUGAGCCGGAGGUCAUCGGGCUGUGCCCUCCAGAACAAGCAACGUGAGGCCGUUCACCUGAUCGUCGAGUUCGAGGAUGACCCCGAGACCUUCUACACGGUCAUGGUGUACCAGGUGCAGCACUUUGCAAACCGCGAAGACUUGAAACGUGGCAGUACAUCCUGCUUGUGCGCCCAUUUGCGCUACUAGCAGCAGAGGAGGUCAUGUCGUGGAAGCCAGCGGGCACGUCCGACACCUGCCUCGGUGUGGACUGCUGCCUGGACCGUCCUCGCGUUCUGUCACCGGGCGCCGCUGCCGAGGAGUUCCCGCACCUGCUGAUUGAUGACGCGCGCCUCGUCAUCAACAGCACGCCCCUGACCCAGAUGCAGCCCAAGGCGGGAUUCACGGGGGUCAUGUUGGUGGAGACGGUGGAUGGAGGAGUCAAGCGUGUGGGACGGGAGCGCGGUCGUCACGGUGGUAACGGGAGUUGAUGGCACCUCCAGCGCCCAGCUGCUCAUCAUGCCCAGCUACGACAGCGCCUACGAAGUCAAAAUUAAGAAGCAUAUGUAGCGCGCGGUUUCGCUGCUGGCUGUCAGCUGCUGACGGCCGGCCUCGACCGCGCUUCCUAGACAGGGUCGCUAGGGCUGCGGCCACAUCCUCGGGCACCGCAGCUGGGAGACGGCAACGCCGACAGCAGAGUUAUCAGGCCAGGGGUAGCCACGCAUGCCUGCGUGAACAUUUCCGUGUAAGCAAGUCAUGGCCAACCCGCCCCGGGCUAUC